UCCAGCAUUUGAAACUACUUCUUUGAGAGAAUGUCCUAAACUGUGAUAUUGUGUCUUUUGGGUGUUUCUAAAUUCCUUUUUGGCUCUCUUUUCAACUCUAUUGGAGUCUUGUUGGUUUUCCUUAGCACCCCAUCUCCCAAGCCUUCCAUACUACAAAGUACAUUAAGUCAGCUUGUGAAAGUACAGGCACAUUUAUAGUUCAAAAUGCUUGGUAAUCUGUUGAGCAAAGCUAAUGGAAAUAAUUAUUGAAUCACCUUCUCUCUCUGUGUGCCAUCUGCUGCUAAUGUACUGUAAAAUGGUUUUAAUAGACAAUAUUCUUGCUAGUUGAUUUAUUUUUAACUAGCUGUAGCACUCAAGUGUCAUGAGCCUACAUUAAAAGAGUCAUGAUGAACCAUCAUUACUUACAGAAUUCAAUGACAUGGCCUUGCUAGUCUGGAUUGGUAUGUGAAGGGAUCUUGUAUUGUUGAAGGCGUUCAUGGCGGAAUCACUGGGUUGCUGUGAGUCUUGGGCUGUAUAGUCAUGUUUCAGAAGCUUCUGGAACUUGCUGCAUUUUUGAAACUGGUAACAUAAAGAGGAAUCUAGCACUAGCAAAACCUGCACAGCUCUACCUGCUAGCCAGGGGACCUUGGGGAACAGCCCGUUUUAUCUCCUCCUUGGGCAAUGAGAUCUGACAUGUAGGCUACAAGUAGCAGCCUGUUAAAUUGUCACAGCAGUCAGCAGAACAACUAUGAAACUUCUGCGUAAAGGCUUUGUAGCAAGGAGCCAUUCCUGUACUACCUGCCAGGAGCUGCUGACCCCACUAAGAAGGGACUUGAAUUAUAGAAGCUGAGUUCCUCGCAUUAUAGAACCUGAGCUCUCUGCCCAGCCGGUAGUGCAGCUGCAUCGAAUGCGCAUGGCUACAUAAGUUAGAAUUUUCUGUACCUACAAGCAUGAUUAUAUUGUAUAGAUUCCAGCAAGACUCCAUUUUGCGACAAAUGAAUGGUAUUGUCUUAGACUAGCCAGUUGCUUCAAGCCCUUGAGAACUGGGUUUUCUCCUUUCAUGGGAUUCUGAUUUGCAGAACUGUACUUUUGAGAGCAUCCCUUCAGGUUAUUUCAGCCUAUACCAACUAAGCCUAUUUACUUGUUUCACUUUGGGUAAAGGCUGUUUUUGAAUACAUUGCCAGGCUGUGAGAACUACACAGAAAGAUGCUAGAGCAGGAAUUUCUCAACCUUUGAUCAGACGUUUUUGGAGUCAUAACAUUUUCUCCCAGAUAGGGGAAUGCUUGCUGUGUUCAUUCCUCCAUAGUAUAGUAGGGUUGGUGAAUGGGAUGCUUUCAUAGGGUAAAAAAAGUGAACAAAACGGUUACCUUGGCAACUGUCUACUGAAAAAACAAAUGCCAUGGAAAUUUCCACUAAAUUGCAUGCAGGGGAGAAUCCCAUGCUCUGAACUACAGCAAACCUAGAAAUGACUCUAGAACACUUGCCAAGCCUGGAUUCUUGUCACCUUUCAGAAUUGUUUUAGUAAUGGAUGAACAGGAACUGAAUAAUUUCCUGGGCUGGGUUAACCCUGUAGGUAACACUUUGUAAAGUCCCAGACUAUGUGAGGUAUAGUCUUAUCCCGUUCCUACAAUGUUUGGCUUUUUUAAAACAGAAGGAGAAAGCUUUACACCUUGGAAUGUUGUGGUUGUCAUUUUGGCAGAUAAAAGUAGCCACCUCUGUAGUUGUGAGGCAAUUGAAAGAGCCUGUGCAGACCAGAAAUUGUACAUAGUGAAUCCCAUUGUUUUUGAGAAAUUUGACCCUUUUCAGAAGUCUCUAUUGAAUAGGAAGUAACUAUGCAAGAUGCCUUGGUGAUAGUUAUCUUUGGAACCAGAGAUCAGGCCAGUUGUCACCCAUUUUGAGCUACACUUUCAAAGCUCUACUCAGAUUUAAGAAAAUGUUGCUAGAUUAAACCCCACUUCUGGUGGAUCAGUAGCUCUGAUAAAAGCCUCUUCCUACACGUCAAGCACAUCAAACAUACAAUUUGUCCUCUUUUAUUUUCCAGCUCUUUCCUUCUAUACUUAACAUCUUUUGCUAAUUCAGCUUUAUCAGAAACACCUAUGGAUUUGAAUGGGAGGCUCUUGACAGCCAGAUCAAUUAUGCAGGAUGAGAUUACUCAGUGAUGUUCUUUUUCUUUAGUUCAUAAACUUCGUGAGAACUUCCACUGCCAUCAAGGAAAGCAGGCAGACACUGCGUAGUCAAGAUCAUCUGCCUGCAAAGUCGAACUUGCUAAUGGGGAACAAUGGAUUCCAAGUAUGAGAGCUGUUUAGCUAUAUUCUCCACGCUGGGAAGUCCCUUUUUGGAGUCAUCCAGUUCCCUGAGUCAUUACCACCCAUCCCAGACACAGCCUCUGAAGGAGGAGCAACGAUACACGGUUCUGAGCCCAUCCCGUUUGCAGAACAAGAAUUGCCCCACCUCUUCCAAGAAGGCAGAAACAUUGAGCCCUGUACGCCUGAGUUUCCUGCCAGACAUCAGCUAUCAAGAAACAAAACAAUCUAACUCAGAUUCUGUGAGCCCCUUUAAUGAGUCAUGGCCCUCGACUGAGCGCAGCUCUUCCUCCCUGACUCCUGAGGGAGCAAAGGCCCUUCUCUUGGAGCAGAUGGUGGGGACCAAAGCCCUGUCCCCACUGAAGCUCCAGGAGCCUAUCUCAGAUAAUGAAUCAGUUAUUGCCAGGUACAUUGAGCGAUUCCGUUAUGGGAAGCCCACUAAACGUAAGGAACGUACGGCAUCCAGUGAUCCUUCUUCACAGUUCUGGUGGUUUGCUGGUAGCUCUGAAGACAACAUCGCCAAGAAGGAAUCAUCACCAGCUUCAGAUAGCAGCCAGAGUGGAGUAAUGUCAUCGUUGUCCAGUCGUGAACUGGAUCUGUCCCCCUUGCAAGGUGAUUUUCAGGAUACUUCCACACUGGACCCAGAAACUGUGAACCUUCAGAAGAGAGCAGCCAAACUCUUGCAGAGAAGCACUUCCCCCUCUGGUAAUUCCAGGCAUGUGAGUUCUGAAGGACUUGGCUCUACCUCUCCAUCCACCAUUACAAAUGAUGUUGCGGACUUGCCUGAGCACAGCCCACCUCACCUUGCAGCACAUCAGUUCAAAGGUAACUUUGCUGCUGUCUCUUGCCAUUUAACGCAAAGAUCUCAGUCCUGCCCUUCCAAGAAACCAGAAGAGGACCUCCUAUUCCAGUGGCGCCUGCGACGGAAAAUGGAAGAGGCAAGCAAGGCAGCUGCUGUGAUGCCCUCUGUAGCUUGGAGGAGCUUCAGCCAACCAGCACCUGCUGCUAGCAUGGUAGAAAAUGUAGCUGUUAAACUACCAGAAUCCAGCAGCUGGAAGGACAAAAGUAGGGAGGCGUUGCCAACAUCUGAAGCCCACACAAGCAUGGGAUCUGCCCUCAAUGAAUACCAUUUCUGCUCCUGCACAGACCCUGUGAGAAAGGAAACAAGCUUCAGGCAACUCAGAGAAACCACUUCCUUCAGGAAUGAAUUUGUGGAAACUGGGAGUUCUGGUUUCAUUGGAGAGCAGGGACUGAAGAAACUAACUCCCCAAGAGACUGCAGUCCCUGCAUACAUGGACUUAUCUUCCAAAACAGAGCCUACACCUAAACAAGAACAAGUAGUGAAGGAACCAACCCCGCAAAAGGAUUGUGUCACCACAUACCAGGAGUGUUCUCCCCCACGUAGGCCUUCAGGAACCACAAAGCAUUUGAAGCAGGCCAUUUCGUGCCAUGGUCAACGGACAGCUGAGUCUGAUGAGAAAGUGCACAGCAAACCCAAAGGUGACCGAAAGCCAUGCAGAUUCAAGAAAGGCCAAGCAAAACUAGUCACAGACUUCAAAGAGCCACCCAUCAGCCCUUCAAAACAGUCAGUUCAACGUGUCUUGGGAGAGGUGGUUGCUGAAAGACUUUUCUCCUCACCUGAAUCUCCAGCUCUUCACAGAGACAGACCAAAGAGGAGUCUAAAGGACAGAGGGCCAAAGAAGACUAUGCCAGACAAUCUUGCAAGAUCCUCGCACCUCGAGCUCCUGGACAUGGCUGCUCAGCUACUGGAACAAGCAGAAGAUUCUGAUGGCACAGAAUUUGAGGAUGAUCCCCUCUUACAGGUAUUAAGGGGCCAAAGGGAAGUACUUCGCAGUCAGCUGAGAACUGUGGACACUCAGAUGGCUCAGCUAGGAGGACAGCAUUCUGAGCAGGACUUUUCUGGAUGAUGACAGGCUCCUGUGUACUCGUCUCUGUGUCUUGAGAAGUUUCCUGUGGGAUUCUGGUGGCAGUGACACCUCAGGAGGGCUUGUUUUUUUCUAGGUUGUUUGUGCCAGCUGCACUUCACAAGCAGAUAUAUUCAUAGUAAUCAACAGCAAAUGUAAAGUUAUUUCCAGACUUGUCUCUGGAAAUGAUGCUCUUGUUUCCAUGGUUUCAUUUUACAUUUUGGUGAUGAAUUUAAAAUAAAGUGUAUUUUAGAUGAAAAUGAUGUGUGGCAGUUUGCAAUAAAGACAACAUAAUGUACCCAA